GUGCUAUUUAUUUUGACAUUUAAGGAUUUUGAAAUAUUUAUUUCCAUUUCAGUUAAAGUUUUUGAUUCUUUUUCUUUUUUAUUUUGAUAAAUUAUAUACCUAUAUGUUGUAACCUACUACAAUGUUGAUUCGUUUAAUUUUAAAGUGAAGUAUAUUUUAAAACCUUUUUAAAAAUGGAGAAAAAAAUAAAUGGAUUACCUGAAAAUGUUGAGAAGUCUAAUCAUGGUCAACAAAAGCUUAUUCGCUGUAUGGACUGGCUGCAUAAACAAAACAGCCUAGAGCCAAAAAAACAAUUUCAGCAGAAUAAAAAUGAUAUACAGUUCAUAAUACAAACAAAUGCAGACAGGAAGAACUUUCUAUUGUCGGUGGCCGAAGACGAAGCAACUGUCCCCGCAGGAGUGAAUGAGCCCGCUGCCGAACCUAAGAAUGUGCCAUUACAUAAAUUACGUGUGGAGAACCUGAAGUUAGAGUGUGAGUGGCAGGCUUGUCAGUGGCACACUAGCAACUAUGAUAUGUUCCAGAAACACAUUAAAGGUCACAUUUCAAAGGUGCAUGUCAUAGAAAAUGAUGGAGGUGUGGAAUUUGUUUGUCUGUGGGAUGUGUGUGGUCACAAAACAUCAGAUUUGGAGGAAAUGACCCGGCACGUCAACUUUCAUGCUUAUCAUGCUCGUUUGCUUGCUAUCGGCUUCAAUGCCCGUGCCACACUGAAAUUAUUGAGUUGCAAGAAGGAUUCCACCAAGAGGAAUCAGUUGCCACCAUUGAAGAGCAAGCAUUGCUGCAUGUGGAUUGAUUGCAAUUGCACUUUUAAUGCUAUACAGGAUUUUUUCGAUCACAUGAGGUUGCAUGUGAAUCGCUGUGAAACAUUCGUGUGCUCGUGGGCGGGAUGCGGAGCCAAGUUUCCUCGUAGGGUGCUCCUACAGAUGCACGUCAGGUCGCACUCGGGAGAGAAGAUUAUAGCCUGCUACCACUGCGGACAACGUUUCUCAUGUAACAGAAAGUUAAGCGAUCAUCUGAGACGACAGAACGUGUACCCGAACUCGGGGUACCGGUGCUCGGCGUGCGGCGCGUGGUGCGCGACCGAGUACCUGGUGCGCGAGCACGCGCGGCAGCACGUGUCGGCGUACGCGUGCGCGCUGUGCGACAUGUCGGCGCCGUCGCCGGCCGCGCUCGCGCACCACGUGCGCUACCGGCACCUGCGCGGGCCCGGCGCGCGCGCGCACGCCUGCCCGCACUGCCCCUACAGAGCGGUGACGAAAUGGGAUCUACAGAAACACAUACCAACACACACGCAUAAGAAACGGAAACGGCCCAAAUCAAAGAAGUCUUCAGACAUUGAAAAGUCUUCGGAGAUUGAUAGGUCAUCAGAUGUAGACAGUGAUAAAGAUCCGUCUGAAGAAGAGAACUCCGAUUUAGAAGUACAGAAGAAUGAUAAGCCGAAGAAGAAGUACGCGUGUCACAUGUGCCCGGAGAAGAAUAUGAAAAUAUUCUCCAGAGGGACAAGGUUGACCACACAUUUGGUCAAUGUUCAUGGCGCACAAUGGCCGUUUGGGCAUAGCCGAUUUAGAUAUCAAAUAAGCGAAGACGGCAUGUACAGGUUAACAACGACUAGAUACGAGUUUUUGGAGGUUUCCAAAAAAAUUGUCGACGGCUAUAGCUGGCCUAAAGGAUCUCUCAACAAUGAAUUCGAGUUCGAUUUGAAACAAGUCUCCGAAGCCACGGAGACUACGCCUAAGAAAUUCGAAAUUGUUUUGAAAAAUGCCAAUGGGGAAGAUGGUGAAACGGAGGUGAAGGAAGAAUCAGAGACAAAGGUUAAAGACAAUGAGGAAGCCUGUAGUAAUGCAGUCGAAAUUACAAUGUGUGAUGUGGAUGAACAUGGAAAUAUAAUAAGUUCAGAAGUAAUCAACUCACAUAAAAUAUAAGGUUGCCCUAGCUGUGGUUACGAGCAGGUCGGAGUACAGCAAUUUUAUUCCCGAUAGAUGGCAGUAAUUUCUUCAACUACUAUUACUGGAUUGCCUUAAGUUUACUUGCUGAUGACUCUUGACUGAUGGUGCUUAAAAUCGUGUUAUCUGGAGAAAUCAAGUUAAUAAACUCACACUUGUCAA